CCCCGCCGCCACUUCCGGCGGCGCGUGAGGCUGGAGGGAGCGAGCGGGACGGGCGCCGCGGCGGCCGGCGGAGGGGAAGGGUUGGCCGCGGCCGCCGUGCCCCUCCCCCGCCGAACAGCUUUCAGGCAGAGGACCCACGGAAAUAGAAGAGCAAAAAGAAGAUAACAAUAGCACCGAAGGCAGCGAGCUAGGAAUCAUGGAUCUGAAAUUCACUUCAUCAAGAAAAUACGUUUCCAUCAGUGUACCUUCCAAAUCUCAAACUAUGUCUCCUCAUAUCAAAUCAGUAGAUGAUGUUGUAGUUCUUGGCAUGAAUCUCAGCAAAUUUAACAAACCUACUCAGUUUUUCAUCUGUGUUUCUGGAGUUUUUAUGUUUUAUCUGAUCUAUGGAUAUUUACAGAAUAGGGCCAACUGCACUUCACAUCACUUGAAGCCAUCUGUCACUGAACACCUUUUCCUCAAACCCCACGGCACCUCCUCACCAAGAGGUUCCUCUAGCAUGCUGUGCAUCGUGGAGAGUGUCAAGAGAAUUCCUGGCAAAACCUACAUGAUAAUAGCAUUUUUAACAGUGGGAACUAUGGGUUUGUCCAAUACCUCUUUAGGAUAUCUGAAUUACCCUACUCAAGUCAUCUUCAAGUGCUGUAAACUGAUUCCAGUUAUGAUAGGCGGGGUUUUUAUACAAGGAAAACGUUAUAAUAUUGCAGAUGUGUCCGCUGCCCUGUGUAUGAGUCUUGGGUUGAUAUGGUUUACUUUAGCUGACAGCACAGUUGCGCCAAACUUCAACUUGACAGGUGUGGUCCUAAUAUCCCUUGCCCUCUGCGCAGAUGCAGUUAUAGGAAAUGUACAGGAAAAAGCUAUGAAGUUGCACAAUGGUUCUAAUUCAGAAAUGGUUUUGUAUUCCUAUUCAAUAGGGUUUGUGUAUAUUUUAUUUGGAUUAACAUGCACUAGUGGAUUAAGCCCUGCAGUAACAUUUUGCUCAAAGCAUCCAGUUCAGACUUACGGUUAUGCAUUCCUUUUCUCCCUGACUGGGUAUUUUGGCAUAUCCUUUGUUCUAGCUUUGAUUAAAAUCUUUGGUGCCCUUCUGGCUGUGACAGUAACAACAGGAAGAAAAGCAAUGACCAUUGUGCUUUCUUUUUUGUUCUUUGCAAAGCCAUUCACAUUACAGUACGUGUGGUCAGGCUUACUGGUUGUCCUUGGUAUAUUUCUUAAUGUUUACAGUAAGAAUAUGGAUAAAAUCAAACUGCCUUCACUGCAUGGUCUUUGGAAAAAAAGUGUGGAAGAAAGAAAAACAAGGACGUUGUCACAAACUGUAUAGACAGUGGUUUAUGCCUUGUCUGGACCAUGACUUACUAUUUUAUUGGAACAGUCUUCAACUGAUUCACUUUCCAAAGGAAACGUUAUUAAAACCAAAGGAGCUGAAGGCAUAUUGUCUGCUUGCAGUUUGCUACAAAUGCAAGUUUUUUUGAGCCCUCUCUUCAGAGCACUUGAAUUCGUCGUGAAGGGUGUUGCAGGCCACUGUCAGAUGGCCCUACCAGGCAAUGAAGGACAGCAGCUCCUGGCAAACUGCUGAGAAGCUGCACUCCAAGUGGGACACAGUAGAAGACUAAUUUGGGCAUUUUAAUAAUAUGGCCCAUAUGGCUGAUCUGAGAAUAGUGGUUCUUUGUUAAUUGUUUAGGCGGGGUAAUUUAAAUGUAAUACUGUAUUAACAUUUAAUGGAACCUAAUCAGCAACUGGUUGACCAAAUUGUGCUUUUAAAGGUGGAGGGUUUAGAAUAUGGUAUGUUGUCACUCUUUUUAAAUAAAAGUGUUGGGGUUUUUUUUAAUUUAUUGAUUAGAUCAUCACAGAACUUGGUAUUUAUUGUGAUAAUUGUGGUUUUUUUUUUUUAUGGAAAUCUCACAGUGUUACUCUUUUUGACUUGUGCUUGCGAGUAACAAAAAAGUGAUUGAGUUUGUGCAGUCAACACCCAUUUUACAAAGGAGGAAUGGGCUUUGAGGCCUGAACAGGGUGAGAACACAAAAUGAAAAAGUCAUGACUGAAACAGUGGUGUAAUACACACUGUUAUUUGCUUAUUCUGUGGUGAAACACAGAAUUUUUAGUGGCCUGUGGUCCUCCGUAUCAUAGUGGUGUAAAGAGACAUGGAAGUCCUCUAAAUUCAUAUCAUAAAAUCAAAGCUCUUCAAUCUUUUCAAUAUUGGAGUAAAGAAUGACAGCAUCUGCUGAUGUAUUUGGUAUAUGUAUUGUGUCAGUCUUUGUGUGGUCCUGUGAUGAACUGAAGAGGAUUAGAGUACAGAUUACAAUUUUCUUUAUUUUCUUUAUUUAACGACAGGAGGAGACAGUGUACUAGCAGUCUGUCUUUUUCAUCAUGAAUUUAGGAAGACUAAGUCCGUUUAUCUCUUUUACUUUCAUAUUGAAGUUACUUUUGAAUCACUUGCCAUCUCUUUCGUUUUAUGUAAUUAACAAUAGCACUUUAAGAACACUAAAAAAAAUACUAAUCACCUUACAGUUCAUUCUCAUGUGCUCAUGAUUUUUUUGUUGUUGUGUCCCUUAGAUGCAUCUUGGUGUGUGUUCUUUCACCUUGGACAAAAGUAAAUUGGAUCAUAAAAUUACAUAGUCGGGAAGAACAUACAAAGAAUGGAAGUACCUCACAGGAUUGCCUUCUGCCAAAAAUAGUACUUCAUUAAAGUAUUCAAAACGUGCAAAAUGUUUUUUCAGACACUUAGGAAGAAUUGCCGUUCCAGGGAGCUUGCAGUCAAACCCCAGACACAAAAUGUGCCUUAGAUUUUACUUACUGAGUUGGUAGCUAGCUUGUGCCAUAUUAUGUUAGGAAAUAGAACAUGGAAUAACGUAGCCAUCUUAGCACAAUGGGACAAGUGGCGUGGAGAACAGUGCCACGUAACGGCGCUGUUGCCAGCACUCAGUACUCUGGUGUGUCAGCAAAGCUUUUCAACCCAUAUACACCCAAUGCUGUCAAGUUAGGAGAAAUUACUGCGUGUAACAAUUUUGCUUUUUAAAUUCCCAGCUGCUGCAUGAUUGAUUGUGCCCUGGAUAAGGCAGAGAGGUGCGAGUUUGAUGGACAGAUACAUCUUGAUAGAGAAGGAUGGCCUGCCCUGUCAAUCGGUUUUCAUGUUGCAGCCAGAGCUUUAUGAUAAGAUACGAAAAAGGGUUACAAUUGCAAAUUUGAUGCAAGAGGGCAUUUGACCAAGUCAGGGGGAUUGACACAUUUCUUUCCCCAUAAUACUUAUCAACUCUUAUAUUCCCAUGAAUUCUUUUCACUAGAUGAGGUUGCUCUUUCCAGUGCGGUUACGUUACCUAUAAAGCUUAAGAGAGGGACGUUUUUUUAACCAUUGAAAAGAAAGUUAAUUAUGUUACAUUUACUGCUCUGUUCACUAUCUUGGUGGAACUUGGUAAUUAGCAUUUGAGCAUAAUUUUGAACAAUUUUUCAGUCUCAGUUUUGCCAUCUGUAAACACUAUUGCUAAACUUUACUGAAUUUCAGGAAACCAAAUUAUGUGAAAGCUCCAUACAUGCAGAAAGUCUUAGUAAAUACAAUUUGUUUGGCAUCGUAUAUAAAUAGAUGAGGUCACUCCCAAAGCUUUUGAGUGGAAAUCAAAUGUAGUAUGUAGAUUGCCAAACUGUUUAUUUAAUGCAGUUUUGUCUCUGUGUUUUCUCUUUGGAGAGUGUAGUGUUCAUGGUAAUUUACCUUUUAAUUUAUUCUCUAUUGUAUACAAGACUGAGUUAAUGAAGCACAUUAGGGGAAGUUUUGAUUUAUUUUUUAUUCAUUUUCUUACCUAUAGAAAUUAAUGUUUCGUUUUGCAGGUGUACUUUUAAAACUUAUUUUUAUACAGAAAUGAAUAUUGUAGAUUUAGUGUUAAUAGCUUAAGAGUCAGAUUUUUAUUUUCAUAGGUGUGAGUCUAGUACUUGCUGAUCGACAAUAUGUGUGUUAAAGAAAAUGCACACACGAGAGUAGUUCAUAGUUUUCCACCUGUUGUGGCAGUUUCAUACUUUCAUGGAGACAUUUAAGAAAACCUUCAUUUCAUUGAAUUGCUGUUUGUGGGUUUCUUUGGCUUUUUAAUAAGCUUUAUAGUGCAUGCAAGUAAGUGAACCUCACAAUCCUCCAAGUGUUCUUAUUACAUAAUUUUGGUUUAGGAUCCUCUGUACUGUAUAUCUAUGUUGAUUUUGUGUUAUCUGUGAAAUAUGAAUAAGGGCUUGUCCACAAAGUAA